ACACCAUGAGUUACAUUCUCGUAAAUUAACUUUGUUACCUCGUCAUUAUUCUAACUCUCAUUCGAUACAAAUAACGAGGUGCGAACCCUCUUCACCGACACGCUCACGUCAACUCGUGUGUGACUUUGUUUUAAUGAUGUAUCUAUUUGAACUGGAAUAACACAGUGACAACUAGUGUUUGCAAUAAACUGUAGUACCUAUUAUAACAUUACAUCGCUUCAAAAGAAAACAUAAUGCUCGUUAACUGAAAACAAUGAAAGUUCAGGGACGGUUCUAUGACAGACGAUUUGCGAUCGUAUGGCUACGUCAGAGGAACUGGAAUAGAUUUACGUAUACCGAGCGUGAAAUUAAAGGAUAAACAAAUGAAUUCUGAAGCGGGCGCCAUAAUAAUGAAACAGCAGUCGGCAUCAGGAGGUGUCAAGCGGCAGACACGGUCGACGUGACCUGGCACGGUAACUCGGCCGCGGCGCAUCAGGAGAACUGGGCCAUAUCAAUAAGCGUGUCCCAGUUACCUGGAUUUGUCGUCGGCGGUGCGGCAGUCGCGAGUGGUGGCGGCGGCGAUGUCGGCCAAGUCGUGCACGUCGGGCAGCGUGCGCUCGUGCGGCGGCUCCGUGCGCCUCGGCACGGCCGCCGGCCACGAGGUGGUGUUGGACGCGCUCUACGAGCGCAAGCGCGACAAGAAGAGCGUGCGCGUGCUCACCGUCAUCGUGUACGUGUUCUGCGUGUCGCUCGCCGCCAUCAUGCUCUCGCUCUACUACGUGUUCUUCUGGGAGCCCAAGGACGCGCAGUACGCGCAACGCAAGGUGUUUCACACAGUAGAGAAGCAAACCAGCACCACACCAAUGCCCACAUGCUUUAUGCCCCUCACUGGAGGAGGCGAUACCGAAGUGAAUGCCACCGACAUCGUUCACUCGUCGCCGGAGAACAUCAUCGGUGGCUUUACUGACGACGGGGUCACUGAACCCAUCACGUAUGCUGCUCCCAACGUCUCAGCUCUGUCUGACACCACGCCCUCGGGAAUUCUUUUGAACGGGACUAUAGAUUUCAAGAUUUCAAAUGACACGGACAGUGUCACAUGACGGUCACGAACUCGUAAGUUAUAGAACAUGGAUACACAAAAUGUGAAGGUUCUUCUGCUUAACAACCCCUACAGUUGUAAUAUAGAGGCAGCCUAAUUUUAGUAGUCAGUUAUGCAAUGGGUUUUUUUAAUCCAUGUUAGCUUAAUAACUUAGCAUUUGUUCCCUUCACAAUUGGGUGUAAUAAGUGUUGUACAGGUAGCCAUGUUGUUAGUUAAUGACAAGGCACUGAAGGCACUAGCUAAGACAUAGUUACAGUAACACCAAUAUUAUAGUCUGUAACGUUAUAACCGGCCGAUAGCGAUGUAAGUAAAUGCCUGAUUCCUAUUGUCAGAUGGUGCUUACGGGUCAUUAUAUAUCAACCUAAACAAUACAUGUGCAACAUGUACGAUAAAAAAAGCCCUAGCUAUAUAACACGUAAGUACUCAUUUAGAGACUAAUUAAAUUCCAAAUUAACUGUAGGAGUCAGGUGCAAUCUAGUGGUAGAUUUAUAGAUAAUAGAGAUAAUACCCAUUUAACAAAUAAUGAAGAAAUCUUAGACCUUAAAAUAAUAAAUAAAUAUUUUCUAGAUCGAUAGCUAGCUAGAUCGUCUCAAUGAACAUCAAUAUUGUUAGAAGGUAGAGUCUGAAAUGAAUUGACUUCUUUCUGAACUUACUGAGCCUCACAGACAGCUCUAACCAAAUAGGGGGAUGUCGUUAUCUGGUAGACGUGCGGAAACACUCAGGCGAUGAUUAAAAUCAACUGUAUAAUGCAGGUCUCUUUAGCUACUUAUAGUACCUGGCAUUCUCCUUGCAUAUUCAUAUACGUAAUAUAAUAUCAAAUGAUCGAAGGCAGAAAUAAAUUGUUUUCAGCACACAAAUUACCCUGUAGUGCAACGAAUAUAUACUUCUUAUUAUAGGCACCAUCAAGCUAUUCUGCUAUCAACAUUUUUCAUUCUAUUUGAUUUGUCACAGAAAGUACCUAAGUCAUUGCAGAUAGAUAGAGUAAAUUAUGUAGUUAGGUAUUUAUAUGCUUAUUAUAGGUACAUACAUAUUAUAUGACUGCCUAUAAAAAUAUAUUGGUGUGUAAUCGCAUUGCGGUUAACUUUUAUAGCUUUAGGUGUGUCUAUUUGUUUUAAUUAAUUUUGUUCAGGUAUGAAAGUAUUUAUAUUUAUCUAUAUUUAUAAUAGUUUUUGAUGUUGUCUAAAUGGAUCUAUAAUUAUUAUUUUGUUACAUGUUAUUUUUGUUUAGUCACAUAAGUUGUUGUCAUUUAUUAAAUGCCUUUGAUAACAAUUGAUAA